AAAUAUGAAUUGAAGUGUUUAUUAACUUAUAUAAAUACGGUAAUAUGCACCAAUCGUACAGCAUGCCAACUAUCUUAUCUUUUGAAGAAUAACGUUUCGCUACUGCCGAAGACAAUUUAAUCAUUUCGCAUUCGCCAUUUGUACACAGUGUGAUCAUGUUGCCCUGUCUGCUGUUUCUGGUGAUUGGAAUGGUUGGGGGGGAAACAUGUGAUGUGGUAUUCCAGGACUCCACCCACACCACGGACAGUAUUAAGGAGUGCAUUACGUCAAUGAUGCAGGACUUUUUAAGCGAAUUCGAAUCCGCACGAAAGUCUGAUGUCAAGCUGAUUAAGAGCAUGCAUAUAGAAAUUGAAAAUCUUAAAGCUGACAAUCUGAUAAAUCGAAAAGAAAUUGAUCAGCUGAAAUAUGCCUAUCAGAAACAAGAGCAGCAAUACCAACAGCUACGCACCGAGUCAACUGAACGCGCGGACAUAAUAGACAGUUUGAAAAUGAAAUUGGACAAUAUAACCCUAGAAAGUGGUUACAUUGAGGACAACAAUGACAUUUUUGCUAAAGCUGCUUAUACGAAAACCAACAAGAGAUCCGAGAUACCUUCUUUGUUUACGUCACGGACGCACCGGACACCGGUGAGAGAUGAACACGAGGACCCUUCACCAAGUAUACACGUCCCUAGACAAUUCGCCAGUGUGUCCUUCAAUAAUUCAGAGAUAACUCCUGUAGCGUUCCAUGCCAUCCUUGCUCAUCAGGUUAUAGAUCCCGGCAAUGACCACGAACUCUCCUUCGAGCACGUCAUCACCAAUACUGGUAACUACUACAGCCAUAACACUGGAGCGUUCACAGCCUACCAACCCGGUUCGUACGUCUUCACGUGGGAAAUAACGGCGUCUACGUCCCAGUUUAUUGAUACUCACUUGCUUAGAAAUGGUGAUGUAGUCGGAUCCAUAAGGACUUGGGGCUACUCUGGUUCAGGCAGUACAUCGAGUGGGACAGCCGUCCUUGCACUCGAUAGUCGGGAUGAAGUUUUGGUGCGAGUUGGCGACCACACUUCGGGAGCUGAUGUCUUGCCGACGUACACGAUGUUCUCGGGUUUCAGAUUGUGCUGAACUACAGUUAGAUGUAAUGCGUUUAGAAACACAAACUUGUAGAUAAAGUUAUAUGACUAUGGAAAUAAAUGCUUUGGUUU